GUGACAGUGGUAGGUGAGGUAAGUGUAAAAGGACUUCGGCUUACUGAGAUUUUAUCCUUUGUAACAAUGACGAGUGUGGAGUAAGGCUGCACACAGUCUACUGACAGCACAGUGCACCAGGCCCUUUGGGGGCUUCACAGGCAGGGCACUAGGCUUCAGAGACACAGAACUUGGCUCUACUGUGAUGUGUGACCUUGGAUGUGGCUUCACCUGCCUGAAUCUCACCUCCUUAUUUGUGAAGUGGAGAUGGAGAAGAGUGGGCAGUACUGGCUGCCAUGCGGUUCAUACCUCAUUCCUCGUUCGAAUCACACCCCACAGGACAGGUGCUGUUACCUCCUUUUUUACAGGAAACCGAAGUUCAGAAAAGGUAAGUGACAAACUGACGGUUACGUUGCUAGCAAGAGACGAGGCCAGGAGCGGAACCCUGGCCUCACCUCUUUCAUGGCUUCAACAUCAGCUAAAAAUAUUUUUUCAUCCUUUUUAUGCUCCUUGCUAGUUUCGCUGCCUGCCUCUGAAUUUAUUGAGAAAGUCAAAUUAGAUUGGUGAAUGGGCUUUGGGAAAAUGCCAUAAAACAGGAAGAUGUAAGAGAUCACUAAUGCCCAGCGAAGCAGCGGGCGCUACACUGAAGCUACAGAUGAAAACGCGAACUCCUGGAUGACGACGUGUAUGUAUCUGUUUAAGUGACGUGGAUUUCACCUGUCACUUUCUCAGGUUCAAGCUCUGAAAGUCGUAACAGAGGGAUAACUUCCUGCCCCAGGAUGAACAUUUACAGGAAUUCGGAGGAAAAUAUUUUCGUGGUCAUACUAAAAACUCAGUGUCAGAUGUCCUUAGCGUCACCCGGGGCCUCCCCGAUUGUGACGGAAAGGGAGGCCAAACAGCUCCUGCGGUCCAGGCGCCAGGACAGGCCCAGCAAACCCGGGUUCCGGGACGAGCCCAUGCGGGAGUACAUGCACCACCUGCUCCGCCUGGAGCGCCGCGCAGAGGAGCAGUUCCUGGAGCACUGGCUGAACCCGCACUGCAAGCCCCACUGUGACAGGAACGUGGUGCACCCCGUGUAGGGCUCUGGACCAGCCUCCGAAAGCCCUGUGAUAAGCAUCGGCCUGGAUAAUGCCGGGUUGGGAUGAGACUCCUCCUUUCAUUUAUUUUUUUCAGCUGCGGAAAGGGAUGUCUUUAGACCUUGUGAACUGUGGCCAUGGCCAAGGCUGCCGUGGGGAUUGAUGGCGAAUGCACGGGCUGCUUUGUUCUCCUAACCUGCCAAGAGCUUCGAGUACAGACUGCGCCUCCCCACCAUGGGCUUCCUACCAGGUUGGAAGGGUGGGCAGAGUGAAGAUCUCGCCUGAGCUGAUGGAGCUGGACUUCCAGAGCAUGGGGCCAGGCGACCUGCACUGCCUGGGGCUGUGGAGGGUUUUGGUUACCUGCUUUUUGCCUCAUCCUUUCCUGCUCUAGUAAACAUCAGUGUUCAACCUGC